AAUGGAAAUUUAGUUUUUUUUCCCUCCCGCAAGGGGGGAAUUGCUUGGUGUGCACACAAGAGCAUAAGGAGACCGAGUCAGGGCUCAAUCAACGCCAUCGCUGAGCUCUCAACUUCUCGCCACUUCCCAGUCAAUGACGGACCCACGAGCGCCAUUGCCAUCUUCUUCUUCUCCACCACCACCUUUACCUCCAAAUGACUUGCUACCCAGACGCUUCAAGGUCAUCUGGCGCGUUCUACUGAUCUCCAAUUUCGCCCUUGCAGCCUACAUGUUCGCAAAUGCAAGGAAGAAAGAUUUAGGCAGAAUGGAGAAGGAUCCAGUAGAAAAACACAGUGAUGGUGAAGUUAUGACGAAUAUUCCCUCGACGUUGAUGGUGGAUACCACAGCCAUAGCUGCUGAGAAUAUCUCGGAAGAUCAUCAGCGAGAACCAUUCCAAUGGAUGUUUGGAAAGAAAAGAUAGGUCGAGUUAAAGGAGGAUCAUGAGGAAGAAAAAUGGAUAUCUUUUUGACUGUGAUCUAAGCUUCAACUGAUUAGAGCUCAUCCAGGUAAAUAUGUUCAGCUGCUGUUAAUAUUCCCUUGGGCGAUUUUCUAGGAGACCCAUUAACUGUUUAGAUUGAAACCUUCAUUAACUAGAUUUCUUCUUGUAGAUUUACUUACAAGUUUGUGCUGAUAGUUUCUACUAAUGUUGAACUUUUAAUGGGGAUUUAAUUGGUGAAACAUGAUGUGAAUUGAUUUGUUCAAA